AUGAAGUUCUUCACUCUUAUUGCAACUAUUCUUUCUGCCGUCAGCAUCUCUGCUGCGCCCAUAUUGAAGGAGCGGGCAGUCGGGGGUCUUUUGAUAUGCACCGGUGCCAACUCCACGGGCACAUGCACCCACGAGGUAUACACACUUAACAAGUGCCAUCAACUUUCUGAACCUUUCCUUCGCAACGUCACAACUUUUGCACCUGAUGGUGAACAUUUCAACUGUUACCCCCGUACAACAGGAUGCAACGACACUUGUACGAGCCCUACGGGAUGCACAUUAGGCCCGAUCGAUUUCAAUUAUGAAUACAAGUUCAAUUUCACUCGUGUCGGCUGGCCCAAACUCUUCAACAGCUUUGAUUGUUCGCUAAAAAAGACCACAAGAAGCGACAAGUUGUUCGGUUAG